GAAAUACAUGAAAACAUCAAGAAAAAAAAGUCAAUACAGAACAGGUGCAAAAUCGCAAAUACAGAAUUUGCAGUGUUUAUGUGUGAAAAUUUCUAAGCCAUAUUUUCCCAGUACUUCUACAGGAUUGUAGAUUUUCGAAACAAAGUAUGAAUUCCACGAAGUCCGUUCGUUAAUUCUAUGUAAAAUAGUGCAUGAAUCAAACGCUACAAGUGAAUGUUUCUCUGCCGAAAGUUGACCGAAAUCGAUAAAAUGUUUGGAAAACUAUCAGAAGUUUUGCAAACGGCGGCCGACGUGCUUGCACCACCGCCAACCGCCCUGCAGGAUUUUGACUAUCACUAUCGGUUGGUCAAAAAUUUUUACAUCGCCGAUAAAACCUUACCAAAGAUACACAUAAACGAUACCAACAUUCCAUCGCACCUGGACCAAAUGCUGCAAAUACUGAUACGCGAAGAGCAACAGUUGGAAGCCCCAUCGAAAGCGGACACCGUCGCUGCACCAGCCGAUGCACCAUCGAGCAGCUUGCAAAUGUCACCGAAACCCAAUCCACCACCAACAAAGGCCGAGUGUAUGGAGUUCGUGUUAAGCAAUCGGCCGCUCGAUGUGUUGAUCGAGUUUGCCGUCAACGAUACACCGCCCGGUGCGCGCUAUAUUGUGCUGAACUGGGUUCGACGAUUUCUUUCCUGCCUAAAGUGUCCUCCGCUAGGCCAUGCCAGCAUUUUCCAACCCGUCCAACGGCUGGUCGAGAUCUGCAGCGGUACUUAUGCUUCCCCGUACGAACGAGAGGAAAUACUGUUUCUCGAAACGGUGGCCGGACUGGUGCGCAAGGACUCAAUACUGGUCAAUCUGUUCCUUAAGUCUCAUCACCAUUCCGCACAAAUGUUGGCCAACUGGAAGGGGUUAGGCGUAAAUAAGGCACCUGUGAAUAAUCCACUGUUUGUAAGCACAAAAAUUGAAUAUGAUACGCGACGAAUUUCGCUGGUUGCGGAAGAUGGUGAAGGUUCAUCGACGAAUGAGGCUGUGCAUAUGGGAAAAGACAAAAGUGAACCGUCGGAUGAUACCGGUGGUACAAGCGACCCCGAAAACUGUGACUGUGAUGAGGAAGAUCACUUUAGUCUGUUCGAUGCGAUAGUCAGUUAUCUGGAUAGUGCGGAUAGCACCAUAGUCGUACGAGCGUGUGAAGGUGUGCUCAUACUAGCGUCCUUGCCAACGCUACAACAAUCGUGCAAAGCUAUCCGAAACACGAUCGUACGCUUUGCUACCAUGAUGGCUGGCCGGCUUGCAUCAAACUGUCAGCAAAUUCCGGAAGACAUGGACACGGGUGAUAUCGAAGAUGCCAACGUAACGUGGGGAUUGUUCCCGCGCGAUCCCGAGCAACCGCACUACAUUGGACGGUACCAACUGACGGCCUUCCUCUGUUGGUUAGAUUAUUGUGAUUGUUUGCUGAAGGAAAGUGCACUACUAGUACCGGAGCUGGGGCCGCGUAUACGCGAUGAAAUGCUGAUUAACUACAUCGAACCGGCUCUCGUCGGAUGUUACGCUCCUUUUAUGCUGGUGCUGACGGCCAAAAUCAUCAAGAAGACACAAUCGAAAGCGUUGCUCGAUGAAAUUGCCAACUGGCUGAUCGGUGAAGAUGAACUGAUGGAUGUUAACAACUGCUUACUAACGAUUCUGAUAGAAAAUGGCCACGAAAAUACGGACAUUCUCCUGCCGACGUUACAGUUUGUUGAGUCAUUAUUGGAUAAUCCACACGAAAAGAUACUACACGGGAUGCUUUUCUUCUACAUUAACAACCGAGGUUAUUAUGACGGAAAUUCGCAAACUAUACAGUCGUGGUCGGACGAGGAGGAUAACCGUGAAAGGCGUCGUGGCAGUACAGAUGAUCCGAUCAAGUCUCGCACUUUGGCCCCUAGCAAUAUAUUACGCGUCAUCAAUCACUUCCUGUUGCUACUACCACGGCAAAUCAUUAACGAUGCCGGUGGUAUAUGCUACGAGGAAUACAUGCAGGACGCAAAUCGCCAUUACCAAACAUGGAUAAAGAAAACGCACGGAUUUUGCUGGCCAGUAGAAGCUAUCUGGCCGAGCAGCGGUGAAUCGUCACCACUUGCUGGUACCAGUGUUGAACCAACGAUGUCCACGUGCACGAGCGGCCUUAUGACGGUCGUUCCACUUGCCCCAAUGAAACAGCCAAAAAAGCAACGAAACAAAUGCACGGCCGACAGCCAUGCGAGCAUCGAUCUUCAAACGUGCGGUGAUAGUGGCAUAUCGGAGGAAAGUUUCUACGAAGGGCCGCUGCUGAAAUUGUUAUUCUCACACGUAAAACAGAUGAACACGCAAGCGUAUGAGCUAAAUCUGGCCGUGAUUGCGAUCCUGUCCAAGCUGGCACUGUUUCCUCAUCCAUACUUGCAUGAGAUUCUGUUGAAUCCGGAAAUUCCAGUUGCUGCCGGUGCAACGACCCUUUGGUCGGUAAUGCAAUUUCUUGCCCGGCAGCUACUAACAGAGAUUCCGCGUGUGGAAGGAUUUCAGGAGAAGAUCAAGGAAACGGGCCGAAGAUUGCUUUCCAAUCCACCGCUCUACCAUAAAGACUGUGAAAAUGGAGAAUCUACCACGGGGACUAAUGAUUCUGCCACCGGUAUGCCGAUAGAAGAGGAGGACGAGAUCAACGAUCCAUUGUUUGAGUCGAUCGUUGUAUUGGAAGAAUUUUGCAAGGAACUAGCAGCGAUCGCGUUCGUAAAGUAUCAUCAUGCGAAGGAGUAAGAGCUGGCUAGAAAAUUCGAACGCGCCGUAGCACAACGUAGAUACGAGAGCUGCUCUACCUGCUGCUUUAGGGUGACUUUCCAUUCUUUGAAGCCGCACAUACUAUCUUAAGUAGCGCAAUAUCGUUCAGGGCCGAUUAAUGGUUGAGAACGUUUUAGUUUUAAUGGUCCAUUAUUAUCUAGUCUUUGCCAAACAGCAAAACGUUGCAGUGCAAAAACGAAACCGCUAAGCGAAACAGGAGAAAAAAAAUCGUGAAUAGUUUUUCGGAUUGCUAACAGAAUAUUCGACAGUAUCUUCUCGGUCAUAAGGCGCGUUGGGUUAAGACGCUUAUUUUGGUGUCAAACAUUAUGCUCUAGAAAUGUACCUUAUGCGCGUUUCUUUUAUUCUCGUAAAAUAUAGUUGAAUUUUAAAAAACCACAACUGAAAUGUGAUAUAAAACGCGUCGUAUUCCAGGUGUAUUGGCUAACUAACCGAAUAAGGAGUCUAUUUAUUCCAGAAACUGUUCAAUCCUCCACAACUGUCCGAUCAUUUUGUAUGUUUUGAUCAUUUUUAUCUCGCUCUCUCACACUCGUUCUCUCUCGCAGUCGUGAGCAUAUAUGCUCAAGAGAAUGCGGCAGAUGAGCAUGGUGUUAUUUUCUCACUUCUCGCUCACCAGCACCAUUCUCAUACAUCAUACAGUGACUCAAAUACAAAAACAGACAGCGAAAUUGUGUAAAUUUUCUGUUCCAACGAUGGAUAAAUCAGACGGUUUGUUGGUAGUA